AGCUGGUACUAAACGCACAUGUCUCACAGCUGAGGUGAUCACUCGUUUUUGAAUAAUUCAAAGUGUCUGCUUAUUGACUCAUACAUUGCAGCUGUGUCUUAUGUGAGGUUAUUGUCAGCAGCUGGAGGAUGAGCCAGCGAGAGGGAUUAAGGGCAGACUCUAGCCACUUUACUCUGGAUGGGGUUCCCAUUCAGAUUCUGGGAGGCUCUAUCCACUACUUCCGUGUCCCCAGGGCAUGUUGGAGAGACAGGCUUCUGAAACUGAAGGCCUGUGGCCUGAAUACCCUCGCUACGUAUGUGCCGUGGAACCUGCAUGAGCCAGUGAAGGGGAUGUAUCGUUUCGAAGAUCAGCUGGAUCUGGAGGAAUACAUUAGUCUUGCAGCAGCAUUAGACCUCUGGGUUAUAUUACGGCCAGGGCCAUACAUAUGUGCUGAACUGGACUUAGGUGGCUUGCCCAGUUGGCUGCUGAGAGAUAAAAAUAUGAAACUGAGAACAACUUACCCUGGAUUCACUGCUGCAGUGAAUUCCUACUUUGACAAACUCAUACCAAUAGUCACACCUCUUCAGUUCAGUAGAGGGGGUCCUAUCAUUGCAGUGCAAGUAGAGAAUGAGUAUGGCUCAUAUGCAAAGGAUGAACAUUACCUGACAUUUGUCAAAGAGGCUCUGAUGUCCAGGGGAGUCACAGAGCUUCUAUUGACUUCUGAUAAUCGUGACGGGUUAAAAUGUGGAGGUGUGGAAGGAGUCCUACAAACCAUCAAUCUUCAGAAACUGUCAUAUGGUGCUAUACAGUACCUGGCUGAUAUGCAGCCCCAGAAGCCCUUGCUGGUGAUGGAGUAUUGGUGUGGCUGGUUUGAUGUCUGGGGGGAGCCUCAUCACAUAUUCUCUGCACAGGACAUGAUUGCAGCAGUGAAGGAGCUCAUGGAUCGCGGUAUCUCCUUCAAUCUGUACAUGUUCCAUGGUGGAAGCAGCUUUGGGUUCACAAGUGGCGCUGUAGACUUUGGCUCAUACAAACCACAGGUCAACAGCUAUGAUUAUGAUGCUCCAUUAACUGAGAGUGGGGACUACACCACUAAAUAUCACCUCUUACGGGACCUGCUGGGAAGCUACCAGAAUAAAGAGUUACCACAGCUUCCUGCAGUUCAGGGCAGGAAGGUUUAUGAGCCAGUGGUCUUUUCUCAGCACAUGUCUUUUUGGGAAAGUCUGCGAUGCACAGACAUGCCAUUCAAGUCGAAUGACCCAGUGAAUAUGGAGAACCUCUCUGUCAAUCAUAACAGUGGUCAGUCAUAUGGAUACACACUUUAUGAGACCAGCAUUUACAGAGGUGGAGCACUUCAUUCAAGGAACCAUGUUCGUGAUAAAGCCCUGGUGUUCAUUGACAAACACCUAAUUGGAAUUUUGGACUAUAGAACACAGGAAACUGCAGUGCCCCACAGUGAGAGAGAGAGAAUUUUGGGUCUGCUUGUGGAAAACUGUGGGAGAGUGAACUUCGGUCCAGCCCUGAAUGAACAGCGGAAAGGUCUUGUUGGAGAUAUCACCCUUAAUCACACCCCUCUGAAGAAGUUUACAAUGUAUUCACUGGAUAUGACACCUAACUUUAUAAACAGGUUACAGUCACUGAAGUGGAAAUCUACAGAUGAAAAGCCCCUGUACCCAGCAUUUUUCAGAGGUAGUAUGGCAGUGGAUGGCCAGCCAAGAGACACCUUUGUCAAGCUGCCAGGGUGGAGCAAAGGAGUGGUCUUUGUUAAUGGGCAAAAUCUUGGACGCCACUGGUCUGUUGGUCCUCAAAACACCCUCUAUCUCCCUGCCUCAUGGUUGAAGAGUGGAGAUAACCAGGUGAUUGUGUUCGAAGAACACAGGGCUGGAGGCAAAAUGCACUUUGCUGAGAAUCCCCAACACUGCAAGACAAUUGAUGUGUCCAGACAACCCUUUUGCACUCUCUCCUAAAAACAAAAAAAGAAAACAUUCUUGUAAAUUCAUCAGUAAUCAUGAAUCAUAUUUAAUUCUGUCAUGUUGCCUGCACUUUCUAGAUCUCCUUUUUUUUUCAGGUAAAACAGAAAGUCUAUAAGGUAUAUAUCUGUACCACCAAGAACUUGCUUUAGUUUGUACCCAGACUGAAAAAUCUCCCAUGCAAAUCUCAUAACCACUACAUUAAAUGAUUAGAAUCUUAAGGGUAAUGGCCAAUGGGUAAUGGACUCCUUGAUAAGUGAAUACUGCAUAUGAUAUCAUAAAGCUUACUACUACUACUACUACUACUACUACUACUACUAAUAAUAAUAAUAUAUUACAACUUAGUUUCAGGUUUAAACAAAUAUCUUUUGAUAUGUUGUCUUGUACUCCUUUCUGCUCACAGAAAACCUCACAAUAAACCACCAAGUCAUCAA